AUGGUUCUUGUGUUGAGUUCAAUAUUCUUCGCCACAGGCUUAUUAACUGUUUAUCAUCAUUUUGAAUAUGAUUGUGAAAUCAUGACGUUUUGUAAUGGAACCCAAUUGUAUGAUUUUUGUUAUUAUGCUGGUGAUCAACAUCCUCGAACUUAUAAGAAAAUUGAUAUUAUUUUCCCAAGUCCAGUGAAGAAAUUUUAUAUGAGAGUAUCCACCAUAUUCAAUGCUGUAUUAGUUGUUUUCAUUCCAAUUCUUGUCGUCAUUCUUCUGAAUAUUUUAAUGAUUCGAGAGCUACGAAAUUCUGAUUCAAGUUUAGCCGAAUGGGAGGCUGUACGUGGAGGUCCUAUCAACCGUAAUCAACAUAGACAAAGACAGAAAGUGACAGUAACUGUCAUUGCAAUUGGCUUAUGCUUCUCGUUAACUCAAGGUCCAUCAGCUGUUAUGGUCAUAUGGGAAUUACUAGAAGGCUAUGGUCAUCUUGGUGUUACCUUUUAUAGCGUUUUCAGUAUAACAAACAGCUUAGUUGUAACAGGAAAAACAAUCAAUUUUAUUCUUUUUUGUCUGUCAUCCGAAUAUUUUCGACGUAAAUGUUUCGUUAUGAUGUUGAAGAAAUUUCCCAGAUUAUCACAAAGCAUUUUUGGCAAGCGAUUGUCAGAAUUUGCUUUUAAUUCUUCUGCAGACACCCGUGGUUCAUUGCGAACGUUACGUUCACGUCGAGGGUCUAAUGCUCCCAUCCGAGAGAAUCGUUUACAGGAAAGAACAGAAAUUCAAAGACUUCAUUCACUUCAGGGUAUUGACGAGUAA